UCAUGGACAUAGCUUUAACUAUCUUUGCCUGACGCCAAAUACCUGAAAAUUCAGAUGUUCAUGCAAGAUAAAGUAAUUUUCUCCUCCUCCCAGUGGUCACCCGCAGCAUCCGGUUAAGCGGCUCUCCGCCUCGCUCAUUUCGGUCUAACCGGAUUUACACAAAUUCACGGUGCACGUGCCUGGGGCGGGCAAACCCGGAAAGAAUGCCGAGUCCCGCAGGAGCAAGGAGGAGCCAACUGCGCCGGAGGAGGAGUUUCUGCCGACACUUCCGGAUUGGCUGCUACAGCCGGGGGUCCUCCGACGCUGUGCUCCCGGGAGCGGCGCUCUGCCGGAUCUCUCUGGACCGCAUUCGUCCCCUUCUCGUCCUCAUGGCGGACAAGAAACUGGUGGUGGUUUUCGGAGGCACAGGUGCCCAGGGUGGCUCUGUGGCCCGCACGCUCCUGGAAGAUGGAACAUUCAGGGUUCGAGUGGUGACCCGAAACCCUGGGAAGAAGGCAGCAAAGGAGCUGAGGCUUCAAGGUGCAGAAGUAGUGAAGGGAGACCAAGAUGACCAGGUCAGCAUGGAAUUGGCCCUGAAUGGGGCUUACGCCACCUUCAUUGUGACCAAUUACUGGGAGAGCUGCAGCCAGGAGAAGGAGGUCAAGCAGGGGAAGCUGCUCGCUGAUCUGGCCAAGCGCCUGGGCCUCCACUAUGUGGUCUAUAGCGGCCUAGAGAACAUCAAGAAGCUGACGGCAGGGAGACUGGCCGCGGCGCACUUUGACGGCAAAGGGGAGGUGGAGGAAUAUUUCCGAGACAUCGGCGUUCCCAUGACCAGUGUGCGGCUGCCCUGCUAUUUCGAGAACUUCCUCUCCCACUUCUUGCCCCAGAAAGCCCCAGACGGAGAGAGCUACUUGCUGAGCCUGCCCACAGGUGACGUUCCCAUGGAUGGCAUGUCUGUGUCCGACCUGGGUCCCGUGGUGCUCAGCCUGCUGAAGAUGCCAGAAAAAUACAUCGGCCAGAACAUCGGGCUGAGUACUUGUAGGCACACGGCUGAGGAGUAUGCUGCCCUGCUCACCAAGCACACCUACAAAGUUGUGCACGAUGCCAAGAUGACUCCUGAGGACUACGAAAAGCUUGGCUUUCCCGGGGCGCGGGACCUGGCCAACAUGUUCCGUUUCUAUGCCCUGAGACCUGAUCAUGACAUCGAGCUGACCCUGAGACUCAACCCCAAGGCCCUGACGCUGGACCAGUGGCUGGAACAGCACAAAGGGGACUUCGCCCUGCUGUGACCUGCCCAGCUUGCAGCCCCUUGUGGGGGUUGGGGACACCAGAGGGGCAGAGGCACCGACAUCUGAAUAAAGCCAUUGUUCUCCCAGA